AUGGCAUCUCAAAGUGGUAGUGGGACUGAAAGUAAUAGUGGGAGCGAGUCAAUUUCAACGUCCCAAAAUGAGAAUUUAUCUCCAUUGUGGAAUUAUGUGACAAAGAUAGAAAAACGAGAGACUGUUGGAGGAACUUGGAAUUUUCGUUGCAACAUUUGCGGCGAAACUCGUAAUGGAAGCUAUACUAGGAUAAAGGCACAUUUGCUUCAAAUUCGAGGUGAAGGAGUUGCAAUUUGCAAAAAGGUAACUAGAAAUCAAAAACUUGAAAUGGUAAGGUUGGUAGAAGAGUGGGAGAAUAGAAAGAAACAAGAAGUAACUAGAGAAGUUUCUUUGCCCUCUCAAUCUUCAGCUGGAAUUGAGAUUGAUUCUUCUUCUAAGAAGAGAAAACCUAGCUUGUCACCUCUUGCUAGAGCAUUUGACAUGAAUACAAGAGUCCAAUUAGAUGAAGAAAUUGCAAGAAUGUUCUACACCGGUGGUUUGCCCUUUAAUCUUGCUAGAAAUCCUCAUUAUCAUAGGGCUUUCACUUUUGCUGCAACUCACAAUAUUCCUGGUUAUGUUCCCCCUGGUUAUAAUAAAUUGCGAACCACAUUGCUCCAACAAGAAAAAAAUAAUGUUGAGAAGCUCUUGCAACCGAUUAAAGCAACAUGGAAAGAAAAAGGGUUAACUAUUGUGUGUGAUGGUUGGAGUGAUCUAACAAGAAAGCCUCUCAUUAAUUUCAUGGCUACUUCUGGAAAUGGGCAUAUGUUUCUUAAAGCUGUGAAUUGUUUUGGUGAAAUCAAAGAUAAGUUUUUCAUUUCUAAUUUGGUGAAAGAAGUGAUUGAUGAGCAAAAAAAUGUCGAGGGAAAUGAGGAAACAUAUGACUUAUGCCAUUGGAUUACCGAUAUUCAUGGGGAUGCCGUACAAAUCAAGAAUUUCAUCAUGAACUACAACAUGAGAUUGGUAAUCUUUCAAAGAUUUAGUCCUCUUAGGUUACUUUCAGUUGCAGAUACUCGUUUUGCUUCGAUCAUUGUGAUGCUUAAGAGGGAGGAUGACAUGGUGAAAGUAAACUUUGUGAAAGAAAAGCUUGUGAGUGAUGAUUGGUGGGAUAAAGUAGCUUACAUCUUUGAUUUUACAAAGCCCAUCUAUGACAUGCUUAGAUGUGAAAUUUACAAGAAGGAAAAACGUCCUCUUUCAGACUUCAGUCCUUUUUAUCAUGUUGUUUAUGGGAUUCUUAUAGCUCGUUGGACAAAGAGUUAUACUCCUCUUCAUUACCUAGCUCAUUCACUAAAUCCAAGGUUUUAUAGUGAUAGUUGGCUAAGUGAGGAUCCUUGUAGAGUUGCUCCUCAUAGAGAUGAUUUGAUGUCUCUUACAAAGAGGUAUUCUUCGGAUCCGAAAAGUUGGUGGGCUAACUUUGGUGCCAAAAUUCCAUUGCUUCAAUCUUUGGCUUUCAAAGUGCUUGGAAAAGCUACUUCAUCCUCUUGUUGUGAAAGAAAUUGGAGCACUUAUUCUUUUAUUCACUCACUUAGGAGGAAUAAGUUAAAUUCGAGUUGCGCCGAAGAUUUAGUUUACAUCCACUACAAUCUUCGUCUUUUAUCAAGGAGUUCUAGUCAAUAUGAGGAUGAGAAAACCAAGAUGUGGGAUGUUGGUGGAGAUGCUUUUGAUUCAUUGGGAGAUGUUGGAUAUUUAGAGUUUGCCGAACUCUCGCUUGAUGAGUCGGAUUUAGAGAGUCAGUUAAUCUCAGAAGAUGUUAACAAUGUUUGA